ACACACAAACACACAGAGAAUCUCUCCCAGCAUUGGUCAUACCUUCCCCCACCCCAGCCUUCAAUACUCCCCCUACCCUCUUAUCACCCCCCCUUCCUUCCCCUCAUCUCCUGGCGCCUGGAGAAGCAGCCGCACUUAGUCAACAAAUGGCACGUGGGAGAAGUUGGGAUCUGAGAAUUGCUCUCACACACCAACCCAGCAGCGUCCGUGGAGAAAACUCUCACCGGCAACUCCUUUAAAACACCGUCAUUUCAAAUCGUUGUGGUCUUUAAGCAACAACAGGAAAAAAAAAAAAAACAAAACCAAACGAACAAAACUCUUGACAGGAGCUUUGACAACGAGAGAGGAUGCCUCAUAAAGGGGGAAGACUUUAACUAGGGGUGCGCAGAUGUGUGAGAUCCUUUAUUGUAAGAGUGGACAGACAUCCCAGAUUUCAGAGCCCCAUAUACUAGCCCCGUGGGACCCCGCGGCCCCCAGCCAGCGCCAGCAUGCAGAACAGUCACAGCGGAGUGAAUCAACUUGGUGGUGUCUUUGUCAACGGGCGGCCACUGCCGGACUCCACCCGGCAGAAGAUCGUAGAGCUAGCUCACAGCGGGGCCCGGCCGUGCGACAUUUCCCGAAUUCUGCAGACCCAUGCAGAUGCAAAAGUCCAAGUGCUGGACAAUCAAAACGUGUCCAACGGAUGUGUGAGUAAAAUUCUGGGCAGGUAUUACGAGACUGGCUCCAUCAGACCCAGGGCAAUCGGUGGUAGUAAACCAAGAGUAGCGACUCCAGAAGUUGUAAGCAAAAUAGCCCAGUAUAAGCGGGAGUGCCCGUCCAUCUUUGCUUGGGAAAUCCGAGACAGAUUACUGUCCGAGGGGGUCUGUACCAACGAUAACAUACCAAGUGUGUCAUCAAUAAACAGAGUUCUUCGCAACCUGGCUAGCGAAAAGCAACAGAUGGGCGCAGACGGCAUGUAUGAUAAACUAAGGAUGUUGAACGGGCAGACAGGAAGCUGGGGCACCCGGCCCGGUUGGUAUCCGGGGACUUCGGUGCCAGGGCAACCUACACAAGAUGGCUGCCAGCAACAGGAAGGAGGGGGAGAGAAUACCAACUCCAUCAGUUCCAACGGAGAAGAUUCAGAUGAGGCCCAAAUGCGACUUCAGCUGAAGCGGAAGCUGCAAAGGAAUAGAACAUCCUUUACCCAAGAGCAAAUUGAGGCCCUGGAGAAAGAGUUUGAGAGAACCCACUAUCCAGAUGUGUUUGCCCGAGAAAGACUAGCGGCUAAAAUAGAUCUACCUGAAGCAAGAAUACAGGUAUGGUUUUCUAAUCGAAGGGCCAAAUGGAGAAGAGAAGAAAAGCUGAGGAAUCAGAGAAGACAGGCCAGCAAUACACCUAGUCAUAUUCCUAUCAGCAGUAGUUUCAGUACCAGUGUUUACCAACCAAUCCCACAACCCACCACGCCUGUUUCCUCCUUCACAUCUGGCUCCAUGUUGGGCCGAACAGACACAGCCCUCACAAACACGUAUAGUGCUCUGCCGCCCAUGCCCAGCUUCACCAUGGCGAAUAACCUGCCUAUGCAACCCCCAGUCCCCAGCCAGACCUCCUCGUACUCCUGCAUGCUGCCCACCAGUCCGUCAGUGAACGGGCGGAGUUAUGAUACCUACACACCCCCUCAUAUGCAGACACAUAUGAACAGUCAGCCAAUGGGCACCUCCGGCACCACUUCAACAGGCCUCAUUUCCCCUGGCGUGUCAGUUCCAGUUCAAGUUCCUGGAAGUGAACCUGAUAUGUCUCAAUAUUGGCCAAGAUUACAGUAAAAAAAAAAAAGGAAAUAAAAGAAAUAUUGUGUUAAUUCAGUCAGUGACUGUGGACACAACAGUUGGGUGUUCUGGAAGGAAAGAAAAAUGGGCUGUUAGAAGCACUUCAGUUCUGCAACUCUGUCCUGUAUUGUAUCGGUGGGGAAUGGACUUGAAACAAGGACCUUUGUAUACAGAAGGCGCGAUAUCAGUUGGAACAAAUCUUCAUUUUGGUAUCUAAGCUUUUAUUCAUUUUGGUGUAUUAUUUGUAAAUGGGCAUUUGUAUGUUAUAAUGAAAAGAAAAGAACAACGUAGACUGGAUGGAUGUUUGAUCUGUGUUGGUCAUGAAGUUGUUUAAAAAAAAAAAAUGAAACCAUGAUCAACAAGCUCUGCCACGAAUUUGAGAGUUUUAUCAAGAUAUAUCGAAUACUUCUACCCAUCUGUUCAUAGUUUAUGGACUGAGGUUCCAAGUUUGUAUCAUUCCUUUGCAUAUAAUUAAACCUGGAACAACAUGCACUAGAUUUAUGUAAGAAAUAUCUGUUGGUUUUCCAAAGGUUGUUAACAGAUAAAGUUUAUGUGCAAAAAGGGUAAGAUAUAAAUUCAAGGAAGAAAAAAGUUGAUAGCUAAAAGGUAGAUUGUGUCUUCGAUAUAAUAAAAUUUGUUUUAUGUCAAAAUGUAAGUAUUUGUCUUCCCUAGAAAUCCUCUGAAUGAUUUCUAUAAUAAAGUUAAUUUCAUUUAUAUUUGACAAGAAUACUCUAUAGCUGUUUUAUACACAUUUCCAAGCAAUCAUACACUUCUUUUUGGCCAGCGAAAGUUAAUUGUUCUUAGAUAUAGUUGUAUUACUGUUCACAGUCCAAUCAUUUUGUGCAUCUAGAAUUCAUUCUUAACCAAUUAAAAGUGCUUGCAAGAGUUUUGAACUUAAGUGUUCUGAAGUUGUUCACAACUACAUAUCAAAAUUAAUCAUUGUUGAUUGUAAAAACCAUGCCAAAGCCUUUGUAUUUCUUUUAUUAUACUAUUUUCUUUUUAACCUUAUAGUGUGGUGUUGCAAAUUUUGUUUCCAUAUUAGAUUAACAUUCUAAACCAACUAUUGCUUUCCACACAUACCCUAUUUUAAACCCUGAAGAUACUUAAAGAGAUAAUUCUUACAGUGUAAAUCAGAAAUGUGUUAGAAAAAGAAUUCCACUUAAAGCUGUAUGUAGACCUGUGUCCAUUUAUACCCACAACAUAUAUACAAAAUGGUAAUAUUUCCCACAGUUAGCCACUUAAUUCAAAAGCUCAAAGCCUAGAAAUAAUUUAAAAAUGCAACA